AUUCCCGCAAGCUCCAUGACCACGCGUGAAGCUUGCCGCUUCUUCACUAGUGCAUCACUAUGCCCCUGAACACCUUUGCAUUGAGUCUGGCCCUCACCCCGGCAGUCCUUCAGACCCUAAUCUCUCAUUACCUCCACCGCAAAUCCCUCCACCACAAACCCAACGUCCACAUCUCUUACGAUGAAAGCAUUCGCAUCCUGCGCGAAUUCCUCAUCUACGCCUCCAAGCACACCUUGGAGGACCUCCAGACCUUCUCCUGCCAGCGGGUUCCCGCACCGCACUGGGUGAAGGUCGAGACCGUCACCGUCCCCGAGGACUGUCUCCGCGGCGCUGCCGAUGCAAUCAACCAGCAGCUCGGCCCCAAGGGCAUCGCCCGUGUCGGCGGGAAGGAGUGGUGGCAGUGGCGCGGUCCCGCGGAGGACUUGAAGGCGGAAUGGAUCGAGAUGAAGGACGACUACAACGAACGCAAGCGCCCGGGGCACGACCAUCCCGGCCAGAAGCGCAUCAUGCUGUACAUCCACGGCGGGGCGUACUUUUUCGGCAGUCUGGAUACGCAUCGGUAUCAGAUGCAGCGGCAUGCGCGGAAGUUGAAGGGGAGGGUUUUUGCACCAAAAUAUCGUCUGGCGCCGCAGUUCCCGUUCCCUUGUGGCAUGCAGGACUCGCUGGCGGCUUACCUGUUCCUUUUGAAGGAGUAUUCGCCCAAGGAGAUCAUCUUUGCUGGUGACUCUGCCGGAGGGGGUCUCGUUCUCUCUUUACUGGUCAUCCUCCGUGAUCAGGGGCUUCCUCUGCCCGCGGGGGCGAUCCUGAUAUCGCCCUGGGUGGACUUGACCCACUCGUUCCCUAGCAUAGUCAAGGACAAUCCUGGCGACUAUAUCCCGCCGUACGGCUUCUUUCACAAGCCGUCUGCAGCGUGGCCGCCCCCCAAUGCAGAUGAGCUCGCCUCGCUGAAGAAAGCGCUCAAGAACCACCCGGCAAAUCCCAGCGAUGCGGUCCCCGAUAAGAGUAUUCGGGACGAUGAGACGGCGGAAAGGGGCUAUUCGAUGCACAAGAGCAGCUCCUCCGAGGCCGACCACGCCACCUCCCGGCGCCAAUCCACCGAGAUCCACCACGGGAAGCUCAUCGUCCCGAUAGACGGAGAGACGCUUGAGAUCAAGGACCAAAUCCAGAUGUAUACGACCAAUGAUCUCGUCACGCAUCCGCUCGUCUCUCCAAUUUUCCAGCCUUCUCUCGGCGGACUGCCCCCACUGCUGAUCCAAAGCGGCGGCGGGGAGAUGCUCAGAGACGAGCAAUUGUACGUCGCCCACAAAGCCGCCAAUCCAACUGCAUACCCGCCCGGCGAUCCUUUCCUGGACGAGCAUGACCCGAACCGCGAAACCCUCAACAAGUACCCUGGCACCUACGUCCAGCUCCAGGUCUGGGACGAUUUAUGUCAUGUGGCGCCGACUCUCAGCUUCACCCACCCAGCCAAAUACAUGUACCGCGCGAUCGCGCAGUUCGGCGCCUGGGCGCUGGCGUGUGCGCAAGACACCGAGGUCGAAAUCGUGGAUGACCACGGCGUGUCCAGUGACACGGAUAGCAGCGACGACCCGGCGGCCAAGCGAGACACUGAUAACAGCCAGCACUCCACCCCACUGGACAGUAUCGGCAAGGCAGGCGACCCGCUGCCCGCGUUCAAAGACCGCAUGAUCCGACAGCGCGUGGACAAGAAAGGCAACAUCUACCCUCUGGACCCGCCGUCGGCGUGCCCCGUGCUGCAGAUCCCCCCCUCCCAGGUCGGAGUCUUCAACCCGGCGCUCGUGCGCAAGUGGCUGGCCGCGAAGACGGAGUGGGACACGCGGUACGCCAAGGAGAAGCUGCGCGUGCAGCGCCAGCGCAUGAAGGAGCUGGCGUACGGGCUGCAGAAUUUCCCCGGUGAGCUGCCCCCGCCCAGCUCCCUGGCGGCCCGACGCACCGUGCCGCGCGUGCUGCCGUCCAAGACCGGCCGCAAGAGCUACCCGAUGACCAUGUGGAGCCGCAUGGCCAGCAAGCACGACGAGCGCACCGUCGUCAAGGAGCAGCUGAAGGGCGACCGGUCCGCGCGCACCAGCGUCGAUGCCGGCCAGGCGGGCGCCUCGAUGAAGGCCGAGGCCGCGCAGCAGACAGGCGAGAACGCCGCCGCCACGCAGCGCGCCGCGGCCGUGACCGGCGCCGCGGUGCAGGACUUUUCCAGCCCGGGGGCGCAGCCCAACGGAGUCGGCACCUCAGGACCGAAACGUAUGUCCGAGGAUGGUGAUGACGGCAACUCAUCGACGAACGCGCAUACGCAAGCGCCCUCCCUCGAGAGUUUCACUCCCUUGCUCGUCCUGCCGGGCUACGAGGGCAAGAACCUCGAGGAGGAGAACGCGAGCACCCGCGCGCUCUUCCACGAAGCCGGUGCGAUGGCCGAUCCCAGCUGGGCGGCGCGCCUGCGGCACCGGCCCUCCUCAAACGCCGGGUCCGGCACCAUCCGCAGCGCGCUGACGACGGAGCCGCCGGACGACACGGCGAGCACGAUCGGCGGCGACGAGAAGUCUUUGGGGGUGACGACGAACGGGGUGGACGCGGCGAGCACACGGGCGGUGCUCAAUGCCCGGGGUGUGCUGGGCGGUGCGCUUAGCGAUAACGAGUCUGCGUACCGCUCGUUCGAGGCGCUGCCCAGUGAGGGGCAGGUGACCCCGGGGGUGGGAAAUGAGUCGACGCCGCGGCCGGAGAUGCCAGAACGGGAGUACUUCAAGACGGCCGAUGAGUAUGUUCAUUAAUGCCUGUAUGGUUUUCAUGUCAUGUACAUACUAGAGUGGUGUUGCGUUAUGGUGGUGGUGGUGGUGGUGGUGGUGUUAUACCCAGCUUGGUGCAUCCUUGUCUUGAUCAUUGUUGAUACUUGCA